AUGGGUGUCCGUAUCGCUACGCAACAAGACAUCCCCGCGUUGAAGGAGAUCAUCCUCAGCGGGCUGUCAAAUGAUUCUGUCUGGCUGUACUGCUACCCCUCAGCAGGCCGUUCAGAAGCUGCCUCAAAUCAUGUCGAGACGGUUCUGAAGAGGAUCAUUGACGACAACAGCAAGAAUUGGCAUUGCUACGUAGUCGAUGCUCCCAAGACUCACGACCCCGUGUCCCUUGCGAUCAUCCAGUCGCUUCACCAGAACGAAGACGAUGGAAAGGGCGUCACCGAACAGAUCCAGCGAGUGUUUGGGCUGUCGGAAGACCCCAGCAACGGCGAGAGCAAGACGGCAAAGAGAAUUGCCGCACUGCAAUCAGGCAUCACGCAGACUCAGCAGACGUACCUCGCCCGCUACGACCAAGUUAUGUUCCUCCAUGCCGUCAUCACGCAUCCCCACCACAAGCGCCAAGGGUACGCCAAGACGCUCUCCAAGCAAACCCUGCAGGUAGCGCGUCAGAAGGGCGCCGUCGUUGCAGCCCUCGCCAGCCCCUUCAGCGGCUACGUCUUCUACUCGGGCACCAGCUUCUCCAACUGCGGCCGCACAAAGGUCGAGACCGACAACGACAUCGAGAAUCUCGAGCUGCAGAUCAUGGUCUGCACCCCGCCCAAGCCCCUCGAGCAGAGGAGGAGCUCCAUCAUGGACUUUUGGGGAGGGGCUAAGAAGGCCUCGCCCGCCGGGAGCAGACGUGAGUCGCUGGACCAGGGUCAGGGUGCCACUGGCGAGAGGCGGAGCUCGUUCUUGGAUAUGUUUAGCUUUGGUGGCCCCAAGACUCCCUCUGCUGUUGAUGAUGAUACCCGCAGAAAGUCUCACGCCUAG